UUCUUCUUUUCUUCAGUCUUCACUUGUCUGCCCACGCCCAAGCCUCUGAAACUUGUCUAAACACCAACAAUUCUCUUCCCUUUUUUCUCCUUCAACAAUAAACAUGGCCGCCCCAGCCUCGUGGCAGGCCCAGGAAGAGGGUUUCAAAGAGAUCUGUGGCUUGUUAGAGCAACAGAUUUCUCCAUCUUCAACUGCUGACAAGUCCCAGAUUUGGCAACAACUCCAACACUACUCUCAGUUCCCUGAUUUCAAUAACUACCUCGCCUUCAUCCUCGCACGUGGCGAGGGUAAAUCGGUGGAGGUUCGACAAGCUGCUGGUUUGCUGUUGAAAAAUAACCUUAGAACAGCAUACAAAUCUAUGGCUCCUGCAAACCAACAGUAUAUAAAGUCAGAGUUGUUGCCUUGUUUAGGAGCUGCUGAUAGGCACAUCAGGUCCACUGUUGGGACUGUUGUUAGUGUUUUUGUUCAACUAGGUGGGAUUUCGGUAUGGCCUGAACUGUUGCAAGCUCUAGUAAAUUGCUUGGACAGUAAUGACAUCAAUCAUAUGGAAGGUGCUAUGGAUGCUUUGUCCAAGAUUUGUGAGGACAUACCCCAAGUGCUGGAUUCAGAUGUACCUGGGUUGGCUGAGCGCCCCAUCAACAUCUUCCUCCCUAGAUUUUUGCAGUUUUUCCAGUCACCACAUUCCUCGCUAAGAAAGCUUUCCUUGGGUUCUGUAAAUCAAUACAUCAUGCUGAUGCCUUCGGCUUUAUUUACAUCCAUGGAUCAGUAUCUUCAGGGUUUGUUUGUUCUUGCUAAUGACCCUGCUACAGAAGUCCGAAAAUUGGUUUGUGCAGCAUUUGUUCAACUAAUUGAAGUCCGUCCAUCUUUCUUGGAGCCGCAUCCAAGGAACGUAAUUGAAUACAUGCUACAAGUCAACAAGGAUGCUGAUGAUGAAGUGGCUCUUGAAGCUUGUGAAUUCUGGUCUGCAUAUUGUGAUGCUCAACUACCACCUGAAAACCUGAAAGAAUUCUUGCCACGUCUACUUCCGGUUUUGCUUUCAAAUAUGGUUUAUGCUGAUGAUGAUGAGUCACUUCUUGAAGUCGAGGAGGAUGAGUCUCUCCCAGACAGGGACCAGGAUCUAAAACCUCGUUUUCAUUCAUCACGGUUUCACGGAUCAGAAAACUUAGAAGAUGAUGAUGAUGACAUAGUUAACGUAUGGAAUUUGCGGAAGUGCAGCGCAGCAGCGCUUGAUGUUCUCUCCAACGUGUUUGGGGAUGAGAUUCUUCCAACUUUGAUGCCUAUUAUUCAGGCUAAGUUGGCAACUAGUGGUGAUGCAGCCUGGAAAGACAGGGAAGCGGCUGUUUUGGCUCUUGGUGCCGUAGCAGAAGGUUGCAUUAAUGGCCUUUACCCUCAUUUAUCCGAGAUUGUGGCGUUUCUUAUCCCACUUUUAGAUGAUAAAUUUCCUCUAAUACGGAGUAUUUCUUGUUGGACACUUUCUCGAUUCAGCAAAUUUAUUGUUCAGGACACUGGCCAUCAGAAUGGUCACGAGCAAUUUGACAAGGUUCUUAUGGGCCUUUUACGAAGAAUAUUGGAUACUAACAAGCGGGUGCAAGAGGCUGCUUGUUCAGCUUUUGCGACAUUGGAAGAGGAGGCUGCAGAAGAGUUGGCACCACGUUUGGAAGUUAUUUUACAGCACCUUAUGUGUGCUUUUGGAAAAUAUCAGAGACGGAACCUCAGAAUUGUAUAUGAUGCAAUUGGAACUCUAGCUGAUGCUGUUGGACAAGAACUAAAUCAGCCCGUUUAUCUUGAAAUUCUGAUGCCACCAUUAAUUGCAAAGUGGCAGCAACUUCCAAAUUCAGACAAAGAUCUUUUUCCAUUGCUUGAGUGCUUUACGUCCAUAGCACAGGCAUUGGGUACUGGAUUCACUCAGUUUGCUCUUCCUGUAUUUCAGAGGUGCAUAGAUAUCAUCCAGACCCAACAACUGGCAAAGGUUGAUCCUGUUUCAGCUGGAGCUUAUGAUAAAGAAUUUAUCGUAUGCGCUCUUGAUCUGCUCUCUGGACUUGUGGAGGGUCUCGGUGGUGGGAUAGAGAGUUUGAUUGCGCAAAGUAAUUUGCGGGAGUUGCUUCUUCAAUGUUGCAUGGAUGAUGCUCAUGAUGUCAAACAAAGUGCUUUCGCCCUCCUUGGGGACCUUGCAAAAGUGUGUCCUAUUCAUUUGCACCCUCGAUUAUCCGAAUUUCUUGAUGUUGCUGCCAAGCAACUGAACACUUCUAAGCUGAGAGAAACUAUUUCAGUGGCAAAUAAUGCGUGUUGGGCUAUUGGAGAAUUAGCUAUUAAGGUUCGUCAAGAAGUUACUCCAGUUGUUAUGACAGUUAUUUCAAGCCUGGUCUUAAUUCUUAAACAUUCUGAGGAGCUCAAUAAGUCGCUAAUAGAAAAUAGUGCAAUCACACUUGGAAGGCUUGCUUGGGUUUGUCCAGAACUUGUAGCACCUCAUAUGGAGCAUUUCAUGCAAUCAUGGUGUAUUGCAUUGUCUAUGAUACGUGAUGACAUUGAGAAGGAGGAUGCAUUCCGAGGUCUCUGUGCAAUGGUUAAAGUAAAUCCCUCAGGAGCUCUAAGUUCACUUGUUUUCAUGUGCAGAGCUAUUGCAAGUUGGCACGAAAUAAGGAGCGAAGAGCUGCAUAACGAUGUUUGCCAGGUGUUGCAUGGUUAUAAACAGAUGCUGAGGAAUGGUGCAUGGGACCAAUGCAUGUCAGCUUUGGAGCCCCCUGUAAAAGACAAGCUGUCAAAAUAUCAAGUAUAAUACUUUUCUGGUUUUCCUACCGGCAGUCUUCUACUCUUCUUCAAUGUUGUGGUCCAUUGGAGCUGUGUAUCCGUGUUGCUACUAUUGGUCAUUGUGCAUUGCCAGAUGAUAUUGGAGCUUAAUUUUUUAAAGCAAAAAGUCAGUUUUGGUCACAGAUUCUUGAGGCACAGCAUCUUUGUUGCCUUAAUCAUUAAAGCUUGAAGCUGAUAUCCUCUUCAAAUUUUCAACUGAAAGCAAGCUGAGUUUUGAAUGUGGAUAUGGUGUACAGGGGUACAGCUUUUCAAGCUCUGGGAGAGUAUGAUUCUUAUUGUUUUGUGGUUUAAGGAUGGGUAGUAGCAUUUUAUACAAGCUCGAAUUCGUCUUUAUUUUUAUUUUUUUUGUUUCUCCUUUGGUCUCAGUUCUUAUUUUUGUUGUUUUGGUUUAUAGGUUUCUUUCUGGUUUCCCACAGAUUUUGUACAAGCAGUUUUGACCUUGAUUAUUAGAAGUUUACCACCAUGUCUUGUAUGUCCAAGUUUGUAACUUUAAAAUGAGAAUCGACUCGAGUAAUUCUUUGUGCAUCUGGCGAUUGUCAGAUUUGGGUUGUGGGGACAAUAAAUAUUCUGUAACUUUGGUUUUUCCAUGAAAAUGAUUGAAAGUAAUUCAUUUGAACAUUAAGAAGUU